GUUGUCGGUCGCUGGAGGUCUGUUUAUUAUCAGAGAUUCUCGCUCGCGAGUUUCGGCACUUUCCGGGGAGCGGAAAAGUGUCUCAUUUUCGCGAACUCCAGACGACGACGACGACGUCGGUUGACGAUGGACGAAACCGAGUUCGAUCCAGCUUUUAGCACCAUCACACAGGUCAAAGUGUGUUUAUUAUACGAGCACGCUUCGGGAAAAUCCCUCAGUCAAUCGCGGCCCGUUGCUCAUGUCUGAUGUUGGAAAAGAGAAAACCUUUGUGUACCCCGGAAAGGAUAAGUGUGGUACCCUUCGACUAUCACUCGUGGCUCGUUUCCGGCCUCUGCCGUUCGGUUUAUAUUGUAUUGUUGUCUCCCACUGACUGUUGUGUCUCCGAGACUAUUGUUCACCCUGAUUCAGAUGAUUGACUUGAAUGCCAAAAAUUGGAUCCCCCGACGGACGGAAUUGGCAUUCUGAGUAGACGUAAAACCAUUUUACACCCCUGAUGGUCGUCGGUCGGGUGCGAUUUUGAUUCGCGAGUGGCUUGUGAACCGGAAAAGGACGAUACCAAACGACGACGAAUCCUUUUGUACUGUGGAGCGUGAAGCACUCUCACAUAUACGCGAAUGAAACUAGUGGGGGACAGUGCGAUGCGGAUCAAUUAGCAUUUAGUAUCCUUAACUCCGGUGAUUGUACAAAUACCGGCGAGUUUGAUUGCAUGUUCAACUAAGUGUGUGUUUGUUUGUGAAAUGUGAGAAGCUAAUUUACGGUAAAAGCAACAAACAGCGUAUGAGAUUUCGCUUUUGUGACGAAGGAAAGCCGUGAAACGUUUGGGUUGCUGUUAUAGUGGUGAAUGCAAGCGCGCCGCAACCGUCAAUCAAAAGCCUCUGUUCAAAUCCUGUGGACAACUAAUUUUCUAAGCGUGCGCCGCUUCCAGUGCAAAUGAAGUGUUUUCCAGUGCGACAAACGAUCCAUCCGAUAUCGGUUCCAAAUCAACGGAAAUAAGCCUAAUCAAAAACAGCAGCCAGUUCUGAUCUGAUGAUAUCCCGCGAACAGAGCUACUCCACACUAUCGGUCACCACUAUUCCGUCCCAUCCGCCGCUGCCGCGGUGAACAACUACGAGUAUGUGUCAGUACAUGUGUUGUUAAUUUAAUUUACUCUCCGGCUGCCAUCGUCACCAUAGUCAUCAUCAUCAUCACCGCCCUGGUUGACCCCAGAGAACAAGCGCACGGACGGACUUCUACACUGAGGCUGUUAAGUGAAGAUAAAUAACGAAUAAUUAACGACGAGUCAUUCCGAAAGGUUAUGCAACAGCUCCAUAAGUCGACGACGACGACGGCCCGGUGCGAGUUCGGGGCGGACAGACCCCGCUGAGCUUGGAUGAGCUUCUGCGCUAAGCCGGUCCCGCCUUAUCAGCACAGCCGUCCGCGGAGAAUAGGGCCAUCGCCGCGCCAACUUGGGACCUCUGCUGCUGCGGUGAAGUGUGCCGCCGCCAAGUAGACCAAAGAGAGCGUCCGGUGCCCCCGUGCGCACCGUGAGUGGAUCUGCUGCUGCUGAGUCUGACUGAGCUGAGAGUGAGUGCGCGCGCGCCGUGAAAUCGCGAGAGAAGAAGCCCCCAGUCGCAGCAGCGUGUUUCAGGUGGAGCCGCGUUAAGCUGCUGCGUUGUGCGCGCUGUCGAUGCUUGGAGAUUGAAUUUAUUUGGCUGUUAGUUGCCUUUCAGUCUCGGAGGCGGCGUGACGAUCAGCGAUCGUGUAUCCGGAUUUUUACUUUCUUUCAGCGCGAGGCGCGUGAGUUCGAUUUCUUUUUUUCACGGUGUUCGUAGUCGGUUCCAUCAUCGUCGGUUUUGUUUACGCUUCCCCGUCAGUCGACCCGUCAAGGCUGGGGAAUUCCGCGGGCACUGCGAGAAGCUGCCAAGAGUUGUGCUACCGGAGGGUGUCGCACGUCUGUGCUACCUGUUGUUGGGGUUUCCGUUGGAAGUUGAAGUGUGAUUUGUCUUGUGAUUCCAUUCUAAUGUAAAUGAUUGAUAGUGAUAUCCUGUGAGAGAAAAAGCGCAUAGCUUAAAGCAAAGGAAGAAGUUGUUGGAAUAUUAAAAGUGUGAUUACCAAGUGAAGAAAUUUUUAAGAAGUUAACGAAGCGAAGAUGCAGCACCAUCCUGGUUCCUGGUAUAUACCGUGGGGUGUCCCGGGGAUGGGCCUCCAAAAAAUGCUGGCGGUUCCGUUCAAUCCGGCUACGGCCGGCUUCCAUCAGCCUCAGAUUGCGGCCGCAGCGGUUCAGCCGCCGCCACAGGUUCAGACUGCCGGCCAACAACAGGCCAGUCAGCAGGCUGCUUCCUACCACCAUCAGCACCAGCUGCAUCAGCACCAUCCUGCGGCCGCGCUGCACAAUCCAGCCGCAGCAGUGGCAGCCGCUGCUGCCAUGCAGCAUCAACCCCUACAUCCAGCGGCCGCUGCCGCCAUGUUCACCCCUCUUAAUCUACGCAGCUUCAUGGCCCACCAUCCGGCGGCCCAUCUGAACCUGGGCCAGCAGCCGAUGGCGGCCGCCCAGCAGCCACAGCACACCCAGUCGGCAAUCCCCGGCACGCCCCAGACCCAGACCCAGCAGUUGACCGCGCUCGGGUUGAAUGGGGCCAUUGGGGCCAUGGUACCGAUGCGGCAACAGCAGCCGGUACCGCAGCAGCAGCCGGGACUACCGCCGCAGCCGCAGAAGACGCCCACCAACGUGGUGUCCACCAGUACGCUCAUAAUGCCGAUGAGAAAGAUCAUCAUGUCCGAGAAGGACAAAACCAAGUUGGCCUCCACCGAGAAGCGGAAAGCCGACGAAAGCGAACCCGUUAAGGAUCUCAAAAAGGCAAAGCUGGAAACCAAAGCACUGAAAGCUAAACGACCGGGCUUCACGGACGAGCGGUACCACGAGACGUCCUACUACAUCGAAAAUGGCCUUCGGAAGGUGUACCCGUACUAUUUCACCUUCACCACGUUCACCAAGGGCCGCUGGGUGGGCGAAAAGAUCCUGGAUGUGUUCGCCCGCGAGUUCCGUGCCCAUCCGGCCGAGGAGUACGAGCGGUGCAUCAAAGCCGGCACCCUGACGGUCAACUACGAAAAAGUGCCAACAGACUAUAGGUUAAAGCAUAACGAUCUCCUGGCGAACAUCGUGCACAGGCACGAGACGCCCGUUCUUGAUCACCCCAUCAAUAUAAUCUAUGUUGACAACGAUCUCGUUGUGCUGGACAAACCUUGCUCGUUGCCGGUCCAUCCGUGCGGUCGCUACCGUCACAAUACGGUCGUGUUCAUCCUGGCCAAGGAGUACAACCUGAAGAAUCUGCGGACCAUCCACCGGUUGGAUCGGUUGACAUCGGGGCUGCUGCUGUUCGGGCGCAGUCCGAAGAAGGCCCGCCAGAUGGAGCACCAGAUUCGGAACCGACAGGUGCAGAAGGAGUACAUCUGCCGGGUGGAGGGCGAGUUUCCGGAUGGCAUCAUCGAGUGCAAGGAACCGAUCGAGGUGGUCAGCUACAAAAUUGGCGUCUGCAAGGUUUCACCGAAGGGUAAGGAGUGCACCACCACCUUCCAGAAGCUGGGCUACAAUGGCACCAGCAGUGUGGUCCUGUGCAAGCCCCUAACCGGUCGGAUGCACCAGAUCCGGGUGCACCUGCAGUAUCUGGGUUAUCCCGUGGUAAACGACCCCCUGUACAACCACGAGGUGUUCGGUCCGGCCAAGGGACGAGGCGGUGACAUCGGCGGCAAAAGCGACGAACAGCUGGUGAAGGAUCUUAUCAACAUCCACAAUGCGGAAAAUUGGCUCGGAAUCGACGGCGACUCGGAACUGUCCAUGUUCAAACCGAUGAAGAACGACUUGGAGGAUGGCAAGGGACCAAUUUUAAGUGACGACGACUCGGAGAGUGUGUCCCGCGAAGCGUCGCCCUGCUCGGAAAGCCCCCGGCCGGUGUCGCUGGGCAGCGAGAGCCCCAACGAGAACAUGUGUGCCUCGAUCCUGACGCCGAAUACGUUGAACGUCGUUGGCAGUGCCAACACCGGCAGCAGCAACAGCAGCAGUUCCACCGCACUUAACACUCGGCUGCAGUCGCAAAAGGUCACUGUGGCUACGCAAACUGGCCACGAAUCACCCGAUUUGGCGUUCAACCCGGACAAGAUGACCACGGACAAGCACUGCUACGAGUGCAAGGUGCGCUACCGGGACCCGAAGCCGCAGGAUUUGGUCAUGUACUUGCACGCCUGGAAGUACAAGGGCCCCGGCUGGGAGUACGAAACCGAACUGCCCGAGUGGGCUCGCGUCGACUGGCACGACGGCGACUUCGAAUGAAUGGCGAUGGCCAACGGCGCCCUGCUACUGCCGCUGGACUACGACCACGACGGAUACAUCUCGUACUGAACUCUUCGUAGCAGUGCAAUGACCAAUUCCAGUGACCGGAAAUCCAACGCCAGCCACAACGGUAGAAGGCGUCCGUGUAGCGUGUAAAGUAUGUAGUAGUGCAUGUCGGGAGAAUAUCGGCGAAGUAAAUUAAAUGGAUUAACUAAGAAGUAAGCAACAGCAACUGUGACCAAAACCCGAGUGUGAUUCGAGAACCAACGCGUGUUCCAAGAACAAACGGUAGGAUGGGGGAAGAACACCCGCACCGCCAGCUUAGUAGACAAGAAGUAAAAAAAAAGACAGCCAAAUGGUUAGUUUGGCGACCAGAAAAUCCUAAACAAUAACAGAAGCGAGGGGCGGUGAAGAACAAAGGGCAGUGAUCAUAGUUGCUCUAUCAUAUUAUCAUCAUCGUCAUCGUCGGGGGCUCUGGUAGCCGCUGUUGGCCCGAGAUGAGAACGGAUUUAUCAAAUCGGAUCAAAAGAAGGAGGAAGGAGGCGAUGUUUUAGGUUUUUAGGAUAGCGCAUAUUGUUCUAGGUCUUUAAGUUUCUAGCGGUAUUUAGGCAGGCAGAUGGAAGAAGACGUUUUAUGACAUAAGGACAUACUCACACAGACAAACACGCAGAGCACAAGAAACUGGAAGCAACAGGCGGCUGAAAACUGUAGCAAAUUUUCUUUCCCAAGGAUGGUAGUAGUGUAGCAGAGUAGACGAUGCUACGGAAUGCGGAAAGACGUUUUCAUAAAUUUGAAGUUUGCGCCAAA